AUGGGAAUUCUCGCCACUUCGAUCGGAAACGACUCCUCCUUUAUACCUGCGGGAUUUUACGUUAUCGGAUUUACAUAUUUAAAGUUUGCUGAUUUAUAUGUCAUUUUUCUUUGCUUCAUGUAUAUUGUAACAGUUUUGUUCAACUCUGUUCUCAUUUCCAUUAUAUGGAUGGAUCAUCGCCUACACACUCCGAAGUACAUUGCGGUGGCUAAUUUAGGCGUUGUUGACUUGAUGUGCAGUACAUCCUUUAUUCCAAGUACGAUCAAGACUGUUCUCGGCAGAGAUACUUUUAUGGCCUACAAUGCAUGUUUGACACAGAUUUUUUUUUAUUACUUUUCCGUAAUAUUAGAGUCAAGUUCCCUCAGUGUACUUGCCUAUGACAGGUUAAUUGCGAUAUGUUUCCCACUGAGGCAUAAUUCAAUCAACACUCCCACAAGCAUGAGUAUUAUGUUAGCUCUUGUUUGGCUGUUUUGGGGAAUCGCCAUGUUGUUCUUGGUCUUGAUCUUGACAAACCUGUCUUUUUGUGAUUCACUGACUGUGUACAAUUUUGUCUGUGAUUAUGCAGGUGUGUUCACUCUUUCGUGCGAUGAUUACACCUUACAGUGGGUCACUGCCUCUGUUAUGAGUAUACUUUUUUUAUUCGCGCCCCUUAGUUUAAUCGUCCUGUCAUACGCCUGUAUUUUGAGAGCCGUCUUUAGAAUGAAGACUGUGGAGAGCAGGUACAAAGCGCUUGCAACGUGCACAGAGCAUUUAAUUCUUGUGGCGAUUUUCUACGUGCCGACCAUAACUGUGUACAUCAUUGAACUUUUCUUAUUCCACGUCGAUCCAAACGUCAAAAUGGUGAACCUGUCAUUAGCUUCCAGCAUCCCAUCCUGUCUGAACCCCAUUGUGUAUUCCCUGGCAACAAAAGAAAUCAGGAACAGAAUACUGGCUAUGCUCCAAAAAGUCAAAGUAGCAGCGUGGGUAGAGCAGGCAUAG